AUGUGCCAAAGUCGGAAAUUUAAUAAGGAUAAAGUACAAUCUCAUCCAAAAGUAGAGCCUCCUCAUUUUGAGACUCCCCUAAUUGGACAAGGCAAUUCAGCUAUGUCUUCAAAAAGAUAUUAUGAGGCAAUUGAUCUGUAUACAUUGGCCAUAUCAUUGUCUGGAGAUAAUGCUGUAUAUUAUUGUAACAGGGCAGCCGCUCAUACUCAGGUUGGCAAAUAUAUUGAAGCUAUAGAAGACUGUAACAAAUCUAUUCAGCUAGACCCAUGCUACAGUAAAGCUUAUAGCCGUUUAGGCUUGGUUUAUUAUGCACAGGGAAAAUAUCAUGAUGCUAUACAGAAAGGUUUUGGGAAAGCUUUGGAAUUAAAGACACACAACACUUCUGUCAAAGAGAAUAUUCGAACAGCAAAUGACUAUAAUACGAGGGACUUCAAGACGGCUAAAGAUACACAUAUUCCAAGUACUGUUGUUUUACUUUCUGGUCCAGUGCGCCUUCAAGCACCAGCUCCAGUGUUUGACAGAGUUCCUGGCGGGGUAUCUAGUAUGUACAAAAGAGAAAUGGGCCUCCGUAGACUUUUCGUGCAGACAGAUAUUGGUAAUGUCUUGGGUAUAGAGGUGGACAGGGAUGACAAGGUUCAGACAAUAAAAAAGAAGCUCUUCCUCUUGAGUGGUCAGAGGGAGAUUGAAAAUGAAGCAUAUGCUCUGGGGGAUCCAACAGUAACCAUUGAAGAAGUGACACCACCUGUUUCACCUACUGGGAAACUUUACCCAUCUGAGGAGAGAACUGUGGAGCUCUUUGAAAGGAACACUUAUUCUGUGGUUAAUAUUUUUGAUGUAACCCUACGCCCUCAAUUGAACAUGACAGGAAUGGUUGAGGUUCCUGAAGGCAAUGGUUCUGGAAUAGUCUGGGAUGAACAAGGUCAUAUUGUGACAAAUUAUCAUGUGAUUGGUAAUGCUCUCUCAAAGAAUCCCAGCCGCAACCAAGUUGUAGCCCGAGUUAAUAUUCUUGCAUCUGAUGGGGUUCAGAAGAGUUUUGAGGGUACAUUGGUUGGUGCAGAUCGUACAAAGGAUCUUGCUGUUUUGAAGAUAGAUGCCCCCAAUGAGCUUUUGCGGCCAGUUGAAGUUGGGAAAUCAUCCACACUCAAAGUAGGUCAACGAUGCCUCGCAAUUGGCAACCCAUUUGGUUUUGACCACACUUUGACUGCCGGGGUUCUUAGUGGAUUGAACCAGGAAAUAUUUAGUAAAGCGGGUGUGACUAUUCGUGGUGGUAUUCAGACAGAUGCAGCAAUCAAUCCUGGAAACAGUGGUGGUCCUCUACUAAACUCUAAAGGAAAAGUAAUUGGUAUCAACACCGCAAUAUUUACUCAAACAGGGACAUCGGCAGGAGUAGGUUUUGCUAUUCCAUCUGACAUAGUCCUUAAAAUUAUACCUCAGCUGAUCCAAUCUGGAAAGGUAGUCCGUCCAGGUUUGAAUAUAGAGAUAGCUCCAGAUGCGAUUGCAAAUCAAUUAAAUGUCAGAACUGGGGCUCUUGUAUUGUCGGUUCCUGGUGAAAGUGUCGCAGCAAACUCAGGGUUGAUUCCAACAAAGAGAGGAUUUGCUGGUAAAAUAAUUCUUGGCGAUGUAAUAAUUGGAGUCGAGAAUUCACCUAUAAAAAAUGCUACAGAACUUUCCAAAGUUUCAGAAGAUUAUAGUGUGGGAAAUAUGGUGAUGCAAUAUGUAAAAUGUAAAAAAACAAACACAACACGAAACUUUCCUGGCAGACAUGUACAAAAUGUGGAAGCAUUUAAAAGCAUGCUGGAACUGUUCGAUUAAAAUGCCUUAAAAAGGAUGCGGUAUCAUGGAA